GAGGAGGAGGAGGAGUAGGCAAUAUAUAGUAAACGCGAAAAAGCUCAUCAAGCUCGGUGCAAGCUACCUUUCAGAGCCGCUGCCGACCAGUCGCUGAGACCACCUCUCACAUUCCCACGGGCUCUGCUGCUGCUGCUGCUGCUGCUGCUGCUGCUGCUGUCGCCGCCGCCGCCGUCAGCCUGCGAGACGAGAAAAGAAAAAUCCACACGCGCGCAUUUUCCCCCCGUGCUUUUCACGACACACAACACACGCACACAGUACCAUCCCAUUUUUUCUGUAAAGGAACAAGUCGUCUCUUAAACUCCAAACAUGUCGGACGAAGAGGAACAAUACUCGGAAUCCGGCGAGGGAGCCGAGUUUAUGAGGAGACAAGAGCAGAAGAGAGGCGAUCUAGACGAGCAACUGAAAGAAUACAUCGCAGAAUGGCGAAAACAGAGGGCAAAGGAGGAGGACGAGCUGAAGACCCUGAAGGAGAAGCAGGCCAGGCGCAAGGUGUCGCGAGCCGAGGAGGAGAAGCGAAUGGCCCAAAAGAAGAAGGAGGAGGAGGAGCGUCGCCAACGUGAAAUCGAGGAGAAGAAACAGCGCGACAUCGAGGAGAAGAGACGGCGCCUCGAGGAAUCCGAGAAGAAGCGCCAAGCCAUGAUGCAGGCCAUGAAGGAGCAGGCCAACAAAAAGGGACCCAACUUCACCAUUCAGAAGAAGGAUCUGGCCGGCCAGAUGUCGUCGGCGCAGCUCGAGCGCAACAAGACGAAGGAGCAGCUCGAGGAGGAGAAAAAGAUCUCGCUGAGCAUUCGCAUCAAGCCGCUGGACAUCGAGAACAUGAGCAUCGACAAGCUGCGCUUCAAAGCCCAAGACUUGUGGGACCAGAUCGUCAAGCUCGAGACGGAGAAGUACGAUCUCGAGGAGCGCCAGAAGCGACAGGACUACGACUUGAAAGAACUGAAGGAGAGACAGAAGCAACAGCUGAGACACAAAGCUCUGAAAAAGGGCUUGGACCCGGAAGCUCUGACAGGCAAAUACCCCCCAAAAAUCCAAGUCGCAUCAAAGUACGAACGGCGCGUGGAUACCAGGUCGUACGACGACAAAAAGAAACUCUUCGAGGGUGGUUAUAAUACGCUAUACGCAGAACUCACAGAAAAACUUUGGAAACAGAGAAUGGAACUGUUCAUGAAACGCACUAAAACGAAGCUGCCCAAAUGGUUCGGCGAGAGACCCGGCAAAAAGAAGGACGACCCGGAGUCGCCCGAGGGCGAGGAGGACGUCAAGGCCGACGACGUGGUCGACGACGACCUGGAGGAGCCGAACUUCGACGACGAGGAAGAGGAGGAGGGUAGCGAGAAGGAGGCCAGCGAAAAGGAGGAGGAAGAGGAGGAAGAGGAGGAGGAGGAAGAGGAAGAGGAGGAGGAGGAGGAAGAGGAGGAAGAGGAGGAGGAAGAAGAAGAGGAGGAAGAGGAGGAGGAGGAAUAAAAAAAAAUGCUCGCAACCGCUGCAAACUACCUCUACGCACGUUAAUGAAAAUUAUGAUAAUGUUUACAUACUGUAUACGAGAGAAGAAAAAAAAAGAAAGAAAUUUCAGACGAACACACGCAUAUUAUCAAUACUAUUAAAUUAUUAUUAUUAUUAUUACACUUCAUCGGCAUACGUCAUUGUUCAAUUACCUUACCUCCGCCACUUCGCCUCAACCUCUCUGAUCGUUUUCGUUUAAUUUAUUUACUUUACUUUAUAAUCAUCGAACUUUAGUCGAUAUCUCGCUGCAUAUACAUGAGUUAGCCGAUCGCCUUACUCAAAUUACGGUUUUUCAUCAGUCCGUCGGUCUUUCUCGAUCUUUCGUUUAUUUAUUUUUUGUUCUCUCAUUCUCUCUCUCUCUCUCUUUCUACGUCUAUCUCUAUAUCCGCACGCGCCGCUGUAACCACGCUCAAAUCUGUCUGUAAUAUGUUUAUCGCUCGUUUAUUAUUAUUAUUUUUUCGUUAAAACGUUAACGGCCAACCGACAGGUCCGUCGCUCGACGACGACUGCAUCCAUUUAAAUUAUGAUACAUAAUAUACUGUAAUACUGCUAUACGAUAAUUUUAAUAUUACUUGAUUAUGUGAGUAAAAUGUACGAUGGAUACAAGGAUGUUUCAUUGUUAUUACUAUUAUUAUUACUAUAAUUAUUACUUAUUAUUACUUAUUAUUACUAUUACUAUUAUAAUAAUCAUAAUGUAUUAUUAAUAUUGCGUCGUCACUUGCACACUUGACGCUCGGUAUGAAAAUAAAGUAUAAUUGUCAUUGUAAUUAAUAGAA